GCUACCGUCGUCAAUGGAACACGUUGAGGAGUUCAAGAAGGAGCUGUUCUCUAUCUACGAGACUCGUCCUCCCGUCUCGAAAAACAAAAUAGUGGCGAUAACGAAACUCGCCAUUCGCAGCGUCAAGCACUACAAACAUGUCGUUCAGAUAGUGGAGAAGAUGAUUGCCAAGUGUCGCCCAGAUUAUAAAGUCCCUGGAUGCUACGUGAUUGAUUCAAUUAUCAGAAAGUCAAGAAACAAGUUUGGUGUGGAGCGUGACAUGUACAGUCCUCGGUUCGCUAAGAAUUUGCUCACAACGACACGCAAUCUUAUGCAAUGCAUUCCUGGUGACGAGGAGAACAUCAUCCGAGUGCUCACCAUCUGGCAGUCCAAGCAGUUGUUCAGUGAUGACGUCACCAAUUCGGCGCUCGCACUGGCAAGGCAGCUCACCCAAAGCAACAAAAGCUCAUCAACACAGAAGGAGCUUGCGUAUACAACAGCUGAUCACACUGUUUCAUCACCGUUAUCAUGGGCUUCCCAGAUGCAGUCAUUGAAACCGUCUGCUGAUGUUCCCGCUGCUCCUCUGCCACAGUAUUCGACGUAUGGAGGCUUUAUGCCGUCAACUGUCACUAAUGAUGCAACAUCGAUGGGAUUCUGGCCACAAGCAGUUGACGUGUCCCAAUAUGCUCACGGUUACGUUGACGAUUUUGACUACGAAGAUGACGAAUCAGAUCGAGAAAAUUCAACCGAAAUCCAACCACUCAAUAGACUGCAAACCCAACUACAAACGCAACAAGAAAACAGGCAGCUUCCAAACUUCUCGUCUGCACCUACAGUGCAAGUCGAUAAUGACAAAGCCAAACAACCAGACGACGCACAGAAUGAGGAUCAGCCGAAGCCGCCGCCACCAGACAGUGGCAUAGUUGGACGGAGGAUAAUAGCAAGAUUUCAGAAGAAACAGAAAGUUUUACAAGACGACGACAUGGAGGUCGAUGACCUGUCGGAUGUCGAGGUUGAAGAAAAAUCGAAUGGCAAUACAAAGAAUGACGUGGUUAGACAUGACGGCGUGGCAGGCAAAGAGAGGGUUAGUGAAGAUGAAGCAAGUGGUGAUCAUAGUUUACAGUGGAGAGGCAGAAAGGAGCAAAGUGGAGUGAGGAAACGAACGAGUAGUCCGGCGGCGUCGGGAGACACUCCAGUGAGAGUCAAACGACCGUCUCGAUGGGGAGAACUACCUGCAGAUAUGAGCAACGUGAGAGACGACGAUCUACCGGUUGAGACGCCACAUGAGUGGUCACGUGACAUGUCACGUGGUGAUGGUGGUCGUCUGUCAUCUGAACGGCACGAUUAUGACGAUGUGUGGAGCACGAGGAGAGACGAUGAGACAUACAAUGAUCGACGUGAUGAUCGACAUGAUGAUCGACGUAUGCUGUUUGAGAGACAUAGGGAUGAUGGGAGAUGGUGGGAUGAGGAACAGAGGGACUAUAGGGGACAGUGGCAGUCAGAGAGACAGGAAGAUAUGAGACAUAGCUUUGUUGAUGGAGAUCGGCACGGAUAUAGUAAACGAGAUCGAGAUAGACGCAGCGGGAGAAGCAACUUUCCUGUCGCGAGGAAAGACGCUAUAUCAGUGUGUAGUUGUACUGUGUGGGUGGGGCACCUUAAGAAGAUCGUGUCAGACAAACAAGUUCGCGGUCUCUUCGAAGACUACGGGGACGUUCAAUCAGUAGAUAUGGUUCCUCCACGAGGUUGUGCAUACGUUUGUAUGGAGAGGCGUAUAGACGCAGCAAGGGCACUAGAAGACUUCUCCUCAAGAAAAGUAUCGAUAGGAAGGCAAGCUUGCAAAUUUGCGUGGGCGUUGCCUAAGGGAUGUAGCAGUUACAGAGAGUAUUGGAAUGAGCCGUUGGGUGUUGUGUAUUUGCCGUUGAGUAAGGUUUCGGGUCAUAUAGAUCUUACGAGUUUGAGUAAAGGGAGCAUUUUGGAUCCGGUGACAAUUCCGGAUGACCUCAUGGAGGAAUAUGAGGCAAUGCUGAACGAAGAAGAUGCACUUCACCAAUCAACAGCAUCCACCACGGCUCCCACAACCGCACCGACCUCCUCCCCAACAACAACAACAAUCAAACCUCCCACAACCGAACCAGUUGUCACCACAGCAAUGCCACCAACCAACCCUCCCAUACCACAACUCACCCAACCUCCAAACACGGCACCAAUGAUGCCCAUGAUGCCACCAAUGCCACCUCACAUGCAUCCACCAAUGCCAGGCCCUCCAAUGGGGCCUCCAAUGGGUGGCCUUCCAAUGGGUUGUCCUCCAAUGCCUGGCCCUCCAAUGCCUGGUCCUCCAAUGGGAGGCCCAAUGAACCAUCCACCUUACUCAGGAAUGCCAGAGCCUGUGAGAUACGGUUUCAUGCCUCCUUUUGAGCAGAGAUUUCCGCAGCCAUGGACUGUACGUCACGAUGGUUUUCUUAAUCGUCCUCGUUUUGCCUAGUCGUAGAUGCUUGUGUGCUGAUCAGAUCAGUGAAUUGCAAUAUUAGUGGUGUAGCUCUUUGUAUAUUGACUUGGAGUUACAAUGGGUAUUCAACUAGUGGCUGUUAGCAUAUGGAUUAUUAUGAUUUGAGACAGGAGUUAGGUUUGUCUCGCUCUCGUAUAGAUUAUAGCUACACUAUGAUGGAUGAGAUGCAUAUGUUUUACUUUUGUAGUUAAUUAAUUGAUCAUAUACGUCUGUUCGUGUCACGUGUUCUGUGUAUCUGUAUACUAGAAUUGAUAUUAAUUAAUACAUUUACUAG